UUAUUAUUAUAGCGUGAUAAGCCGUAGUUAUGGCGGAGCUUACGCAUACUUCUUUGGAAAAUUAUGAUCUCCUCCACUUCGUUUUGAUUUUCCGACUAUCUUCCUUGCACAAGUACAACAACAAGCAGAUUGCAGUUCGACACUGAACUUUUUUCGCUUCGACGCAAGCAUUGUGUUUCUCGGAUUAUCAGUAAAUUUAGUCAUCGUUCUUCUUUAUUUCGUCAAUUAUUGACAACCAUCUAAUUAUGCCCAAAGAAAAACUUCAUCUUCAUCUUACUCCUGAUCCUCUCAUACCAAAACAAUAGCAACUCCUCGCAAGCGAUGACCACUAUUUUUUUUUCCAUGAUGCUAGUGGUUCCAGAUCGUCUGUAAGAAUGCCCAAUAUUGUCAAGAACAUUGUUGCAGUUAUAUCAAGUUUUGAAUCUUUUUCUAGUAUAGAUAAUUUAUUCUUCGUUUUUCUCCAAAUGAUCAUUUUUUCCUGAGUCAGCAUCAACUUGCUUCAACAUCGAGAUAAUAUUAUCAAAACUGUAGUACAACAUCAAGUAGAAGGACAAGGGAACAUGUUCGAAAGUUUUUCCGGAGGUGGGGGCCUUGAGGCCUCGGGAGCAUCCCUUGCGUCCUCAUGGGGAGACGCAGUUCGAAACCCAGAUGGGAGGUUGGGCCACGCAGCCACACUAAAUCCAGUAGCGUUCUGGAAAGGGUUUGUGAUCGACGUAACCGAUUGUUGGGGAGGAGCAUCAUUUCUUGGCGAUAUCGAUUACUGGACGGGCGUUCCAGGUUCAUCAUAAUAUAUUUGAUGUAUAGAAGAAUACUGGUCGUGCCAGCUCCCUUCACACUGAUAUAUAGAUCAUAGCCAAGAUGUCGAUGUGAUCUGCUGACUACAUGACAGCACUAACAUUGGCUGCUCAUUAUCCUGACUCCUUAAUGUACUUAAAAUUUUUUAUGAUUGAACCGGAGGUCUUUGAUGACAGUUCUUAUUUGUGUGAUGAAUGCGAUAUUUUUAUCAUCGCAUUGAUUACCCUCAGUGCCACUGCCACGGUUAUUGUUGUUCGUUUGUAUUUGCUGGAUCCUCGUAUGUUGACACCUUCUCAGAAUUGCAGGCUCAACAUGGUUUUUACUAAAUUUUGUUCAAAACAGGUGCGACGACUUUCGUGAACCGAUGCACGCUGAUCGCAAUGAGCCCAUAUAUCUUAGUGGUUUUUUUAUUCCUAGGGCUUGCGAUUCUGCAUGUUAUCAAGCUUGUCCUCCAAAGCCUUUUCGAGAUAGCCGAACGCUGGCUGCAUCGGGUCAAUACUGUUGCGACACUCGAAAUUGUUGAUGCGUCGAAGAAUUCGAAGAAGGCUGCUGGUACCUACAACUUCUUAGUCUUUUUUAGUGUUUGGUGUUGUUUCUCAGGCGUAUGAGGAUGCAAACGUGAAAAAUUGACUUCACAAUCACAAUAUUAUAAUUGUUACCAGGGGAACAAAAUGGGACCAAGAGUAGAUGACAAUCGCCUCAACCACUAAACCAAAAUGAUGCAACUUCUUGCAGUCGGACUUGCUCUUGACCACGUUGUAUUCAGGUAUUCCGGAGCAGAAGUUAUCUGCGACUGCCUUAAGGUGUCUCGCAGACAGCAGGGCAAAAGGCCUGCGCAAAACUGGUUCUUUUGGCUCAAGAAUAGAGGCAGAAAUCUCUGGACGAGUCGUAUCUUCCCCGCAGCGUGGCGCGAGGAGUGUCGUUAGUUCCUGGUCAUGUUGCAAACGGCGAUUGCCGUUGGUUCCGUCUGACGCCAGUUUAGCGAGCACAAUAAGCACGACAGAAGCACCAGCAUCUGAUGAUCCGGAUGACUCUCCCGCUACUUCAUCUGUACCAGCGGGAAGUAGCCCAGCAAAGUUUGGCCACAACAUUGGAGUAGCAUCCAUUAGUAAGACGACGUCAGAAAAUAUAGCAGAGCGGGCGGUAUCAUCUCCGUUGUUGGGCGGCAGCGACCCCGCUGCUUCUCAGACUCCUUCUGACGGAGACUUGUCACGGUCAACUACGCCUCCCUCCACUCCUCGGACCCCAACGACCGACGCGAGUGAGACAGAGUUACCGGAAGUAACAACUGUGUGCAAUCUCAGAGUCGGCACAUCCCCGGCGUCGGGUUCGCGCGUUUUGCCUGAAGCAAAAGUAACAAGAGCUGCGGUGCCCCUGGAUGUUCUUGAGUUUAACCCGGUGUAUAACUAUGGAGGUGGAGUAGAGGAGAUGGAAGCUUCCAGCCUUGCGACGAACAAAGCCAACGAAACUCGCACCGUUACCGAUAAUAGUCUAGCCUCUUGUCCUGUGACAUCGGGAGAGAUACCUGAGGACAGGCCCACAUGGACAAUCUACGGGCGCCAAUAUGACCUAACGAAGCUCCUUGACUCACAUCCCGGAGGAAAAUGGCCCCUGCUUCUCACAAAGAACUCCGACUGCACGAUUCUAUUUGAGUCAUACCACACCUUCGCAGACAGGUAAAAAAUCUGAAUAUGUUCUUACCCCUAGGUGUCUUCAUCCACUGCAUACAUAUUUUAUUAUAUUUGCCUUGCAAUUGCAUCAGUAUAUUUUAUAAUAUUAUAUUAUUUGUCUUUAGAUGAAAAUGCGACGAAGUAGACCACUAGUUUAGGAUUAUACUUCGACCUGGACCACGCCUUCGUUUUAUGAUUAGAUAAAUUUUUCCGCAAAAAACAAAAACAUGAAAAAUUGCAGGGAAAGGCUGGCGAAGUGGAUGGCGCAGUAUGAAAUUGUACCUGCAGGCGGCGAGCGUCGGAAGCAACUGCCUCCACCGGAUCCUCUACAGGAGGAUUUGCGUAUCUUCGCACGUGAAUUCUUUUACGGUAAGGCCAACGCGAACGGACUAAAAAUCAAGGACGCAGGGUCUUCCACAUCUUCGUCUUCAUCAAAGACGGAGGACCAAACAAGUAAAGAGCCGCUUCCAGCCACCGUUGGCCGUCCGCAUCACAUGUCAGUGACAAUAUUUUCCAUUUACCUAGCGCUCUACAUCUCCUGCUGGGUCUGCGUCUAUUUUUUCAUGUCGCGUGCCAGUCUCUGCGCGGCGCUCCUUUUGCCGCUUCUCCAAUGGCUAUACGGAGCUAGUCUUGCGCACGACUCCUCUCACUUUGCCACAUUCAAGGACCACAGGUGGAAUCGAAUCGCCAGCUUCCUUGGAGGUUGUCCCCUCAUGUACACUAUGCCGCCAACUUCUGUAAGUUUUAUCUAUAAUAAAUUACAUUGAUUUAAUUUUACAUCAGGAGUUGCUGUUUCACGACGAAAACCUCACGUAAAGCAUACUAGAAUUAGUUUCGCAAUCACUCCGACUUAGCCUUAGGUAUAUCAUAGUAGCCUCACCCGCCCAUAGUAUUUGUAUUACUUACUAUGCUGGCGGGAGUUUACGUACAGGUACACAUAGCUCAACUAUGAAAUAACAUCAUUCCUGGAUGACGAUAGCUCUAAAGACGACAGCAGUGCCUGGGUGGUGCAGCAUGUGAUUCAGCACCAUCAAUUCACAAACCUGAUCGAUGACGUCGAUCUUUUCCACUUUCUGCCGCUGAUACGUGCAUCUCGACUCUUCAAUGGCGUGGAGAAGCAGAGCAAGUUUCAACUGGCUUUGAUCCUCCUCGUUUUGCCGACGACCACUUUGCAUUUGAAUUUUCUGGUGCCGCUCGACCUGCUUACAGGAAACCCCGUUUUCAUCGGCCCGUUUGACGAAGGAGGUAUACCUGGAGGGUUACAAGAAUGAACUUGACAUUUAUUUUAUCACAACUCUACAUAAAAAUGUAUCUAGUGGAAUAUGCAGGAGCUGUUGCUGUACUAGUUUGAACGAAGCAAGGAACGAAUAGCAUUCAAUCAACAUCAAACCAAGACGAGCUAAGAGAUGCUAGCACGUACUACAACAAGCAUGUCAUCAACCCAUUUCCCGGUACUGAAAAAAAACCAGUUUCGGAGACGGAAAAAUUCAAGUUGCGAUAUUGGCAAUGCCGACAUUUGCGGUCGGUCGUUAGUGAGAUGUGGUGGCCUAUGGCUCUCGAGUCCGUUGUUGUGGCUUUUUGGUGGUUUAUGGGGGUAUACAUGUGUGGACCUUUCCAGUAUUUCAUCAUUUUCGGACCUAUGUGCUUUCUCGCGUCCAUGUCCUUCAUCACAUUCACGCAAGGAGCCCACAUUCGAGAAGAGUGCAUGAACAACGUGGAGGAAAAUGCGAAGCGGUAGUUCUUUUGUUUUACAGCAAGCGCAAGGUAGCUUUACCCAGCGUUGUAGGCACCAAAUGAUUAAGUAAGUACGUUUUUUCUCAUAAUGUGGGUAGCGAAUCGGAAUCGAUGUCAUCUUUUGUGCUCAAUCUCAUAUCCCUUUUCAAAUCGCAUUAGAAUAUCGAUACCUUCACAGCCGCUUGCAACACGGAGUAGAACUACAUCCGUCAAAUAUCGCUGGGUUCCGCGAGCAAAGCGAAGGUUACCCCGCUUUGGAAAGCGUGAAAAGCCAUAAGAAUCACCCAAAUCCUCUGAUGGGUUGCUGGAUUCGUGAGCAAAUCGCUUACACUGCAGAUUUUCGCCCAGAUUCAUGGGCGUGGUACAACUAAGAUGAGGACCAUUAUAUCAUGUAUAGUUUUCUGCAUCUUUACAUUUACUUCAUGUAGAAGUUCUAGUGAAGACAUUUCAAUAUUUUUUCAACUAUAAUAUACUUUCAGCACAACUGCCAGGUACCUCGUUUCUGGCGGCCUCAAUAUGCAAUCGAUCCACCAUUGUAUGCCGGGAAUAUCCCACAGUCACUAUACUGCUAUGUACCCGGGAUACGUCAAAGUCUUGAAAAAACAUGGAGUGGAGGUAUUUUUUCAACUACUACUUGUACAUUCUUUCAUGUAAUAUGAGAAGUGCCAAUACGAGUAGUACUACUUAAACAGAGUAAGUUACUUGCUUUGGAGCUGGAGGCUAGCACGAACAACAUUUUUCGGCACUUCAAACAACAGCCAAAGAUUGUGCCAACUUUCGGAGAAUUUGUGUGGGGCUUUUUCCGAUGGAUUCACGAACUAGGAAACCCAAAUGCGGAAGAGCUUGACUGGGCGACAAACGCGAACAUAGAAAAACACAAAAACAAGUCCAAAAGUGACUGAGCACCGUCGAAGCGAAGGUGGUAGUUGUAUCCGUGAAGAACGCAGAGCGCUAUUAUGCUGGCAAUCCAGAAAUCAUUAGUAUACUGUGGUGCUACAAUAACAAUUACGAGCACCGCCAUGGAUUCUUCUAAUUUCUGUAUUCACGUAGUUAGUGAUCUGGGUCUACGCGGGUAUUAAUGGGCUUUCUGUAAAUGAAAUAGUACGUACUUCAACUGCUCUAAGUCUUAGUCAAUAUUUUCAAGGCUUAGUCGAUAUCGAUAUAUAUCAUAGAAUGCGCUUGCUUUCAAGCUGUCUGUGAAGAGAAUGCGCGCAUUUCCAAUUUUCCAGAAAGAACAAAACACUAUUCAGAGCAUUCUUGGACUCCCUAUCGUGUCAGUCUUGAAUGGUGUUAAAAAAUCUCCCCGGGGAAACUUGACUCAUCAUGUAAUCAUCCACUGACUUAGGUGUUCGCCUUUCUUUGAUAUUUGUAGUCUUGGCAUUACAGAUUUAGAAUCGAUCACUUAUUUAAUAUAAUCUUCAAAUACAUUUAUCAUGGCAUCAAUUCAAUUUCAACUAAUCGCAAUUUCAAUCGUCAAAUGCAAGUGAGUAUGGUGAAGAUAGACCAUACCAGAAAAUGGAACGUCAGGUACGUCGUUCCUGCGACUAUCAACUUAGAUUUCAGAAGCUAGCAAGGGUACUCAUCUAUUCAUCUUAUCGCAAAAAUAUAUGUAUUUAUUGUAUCUAUUAGAAUUAGCACUACUACUAGUUGAAGAUCAUGACAAGGAGCAUGAUAGGCAGUUGAGAAAUCGAAACAGAUACUAGAGAUAGCGGAGUCAGAGGAAGUUUAAAGAUCAGUGUAAUACACCUCUCUGAAGAAGAUGAUUUCAGCUUUUCCAAUACGCGGUCAGCAACAAGACCAAAAGAUAAAGGAGACGGGCGGCAAGGGCAAAGACUGCUGCAGCGGUGCUAAAUGUAAAUGAUACUAAAUGUCCAGCACGCAUUUCCACAGCGAUGUCUGAGUCGCGGGAAAAAGACUUAUGCAGUUAUUUUGUUCUUUAUGAGGCUCUGGCUUUGUUCAUUUUUCAUUCCUCCUCAUCACUCCUUGUAGCGGUUUGGAUGUGGUUUCCAUUCUUGUGCACGACUAGAUAUUACAGAUAGAAGAUGAACAAGGUAUUAAAUUUUUAGACAAAAAAUGAUAAUCAAAUACACGACACGACUUCAUCAAGCCUCUAUAUCUUCAUCAUAUGGAAGAAUGUUGACGAACACGACGCAUUUUUUAAUUAGAACAAACAAAGAUGAAAGGACGCGUCAACGUUGUGAGUCAGUGGUGCAAUUACGAUAUCGAACUUUCACCAUCGUCGCGCUGUCAGAACAAGAAUGAAAAAAUUCAGGUACAGUGCGCAUACGUGUGAAGACAAGAAUGUAAUUUGUAUCUAUCAAUCUAUGCGGAUAAUUAGUAUUAGGUCACGGCAUUGUCCCUUUCCGCCGCACGAUGACGAGACGUCGACAUGACCCUGCUUUUAUAGACUAAGAACAGGAUUAAGAUCACAUAAUCGGCACCGUUCGCUUACCCGUACUGUGAGUAACUGUUCAAAUUUGUUUACAUUUGCUUGUGCUCUUCACCAAUUGAUACCUUUCAACAAUUUUUCAUAAUCAUAACUACGGCAUAACAGGUCAUUUGGUUCCACAAAAACGAUGGUCUGAGUGCGACUGAUUGAAGAUAGAUACUACCCCGCUCUGUGUUUGUGUCCUCCUGGCGCUAGCGUUAUUGAUUUUUAGAUAUAGAAGUUACGCAUCUAGUAAGUAAUUCUAAGCUUGAAUUGAUGAUAUUGCUGAUUGUCAUUACGAUAAGCAUGUUAAUUAUAUAGACAUAAUCUAGUACUUCUUUGUGGUUGUUCGUUGAGUUGUUUGUAGUGUUGCAAUUGCAAUUUUGUUUGUUGUACUUAGAUGUAGGCGGAAACACGAUUUGGCGUGUUGCAUUGAUUUCGCGGCGGCGUUUCAUUGGGCGAAGUGUGGGGAUGGAUGUGCUGUCAUGAACUUGAAAUAUGUAUGUAGAAAUUAGCAAAAUGUGGGGUCGCAGCUACUAUUCAAGUUAACGAGCAAGUACCACCCUUACGAGGACCUUUCGACACCGAAGCUCGUCCACCAAACAUCUUGAGGACGAGGAUGCACAUAAACGAGCGACUAAGUAAUGCUUAGCAGAAGAACACUAUGAGUACUUACCACUUCUAGUAAGUUCCAUAAUUCUACCAGAAUCGAGUCAGCGACACCUGUAUAAGGGGCACUAAGUACUAGAUGCGGGGCCACUGAUCUCCUCCCCGGAAGCAAUAGAGCACGUGGCAAUUUUCCAAUCUUGCCACCUCAACCUAGGUAGUUUCCAGUCAUCAAUCCUGUUGAUUAUUUACAGGUCGAGGAUAUUGGCUUAGGGACAAAUUGUUCCAACGAAACAAGAUAUUUAUGCUACAGGAUGAAUCUUCUCUCCAGAACCACAGGAUGCGGUCCAUCGAGUUAGUAAGAACAACUUCUUGAAGAUGCUUCGAUCAAUAAGUUGAUUGUGUUGUAGAAAAGCUACAAUGAUGGAAUCGGCUAGUAUUGCUGCUUCUUGCUCUAGCUACUUCAUCAAUUUGAAGAGCAAGAGACAGCAGUACUUACUCGUAGUUAGCGCUCCUGGAGGCACAGGAGGAGGAACGAAGACUACAACUUCAAUUCGACACCUACAUCGAAGCUUCUAGCAAGACGAGCUUUGUUGACAAACACAUGAAGUAGCAUCCACGUUGCCUGAUAAUUGCCCACAAUGCAGGUACGCAAUCAGGGGAGUGAGUCAAGCAAGCACAACAGCCAGCAUUGUAAAGAAAGCGAUGCUGAUGCAGGAGUAGUUUUGCCUCUUGAGGUUCUCAUCUUUUGAUUCCGCACAACAACCAUUUCCACAACUGUGAGUACAAUAUCUAUCAUGAACUGUGAGACCCUCCAUUCAUCAAUCAUGUUCACGCUCACGCAGACGCACUUAUUUUUAUAUAAGUAGCAUAGAGAGGACAACUUAUCAUAGUUAUCAAUGGACGAAAUGAUGAUGUAGAUGUUGAAUACAAUACUAACGACGUUUUAUUACAUAUACAGAAAUAAAUGAGUGAUAGGUAAGAAGUCUCUGAAAUGAAGCUAUUGCUGCAGGAACAAGGCUUGGGAUAAUCUUUACGUAGGAAGACCCACGUCAGGUGAAUCAGCUACCGUGCGCUAUGGACGGAGGUUUUUCAAAAUGUUCCUCUCAAAGUAACUUCACUCGACGAAGACGCGCCGCCAAAAAGAAACACUUUAAUUCGAUAGAAAGACUUCUAAUUACUCGCACAAUUUGAAUUUUUUAUUUGUGUAGUGUGAUUACCAUGCAUGAUGAAGAUGCACAACUAACGCCAGAUGAAGUUCAAGUUUUGUAUCAUCUUUCUCAUACCGGCAAAAAGGUGAAGGACAGCCUGAGGCUGCAUCACCGCAGCAACGAGCUGAGUCGCAGACGUGUUCUUAACUCCGUACGUAGAGAAGAGGUAAGAUGUUAAGAACAUUAAUUGUCAUGAUCGCGACGUUUAUGAUAGAAGCUGACACUCGUUCAACAUGAUCUCUUGUUCUUUGUAUUCAGGGGAACAAUAGAAAAAGCAAUAGGGAUGCUAAUACAUAGUUGAGUCUUUUGAGGACGAAAACGAGUUGUGAGGAAAAGCUUUCGAAAUGAGUGGUAAUGUCAAUGGAUGACAACAUUGAUAAAAAUUUUGAGUUUGUGGUCGCCUUGGGUGAAGAAUCGACUACAUUUUUGUCGUCUCAGAGACUCGGAUCGUGUGACAUCUAUCUUCUUGCUCUGAGCUCUAGAUUUUUUGCUUAGAAAAAACUCCCUCUUAUCGGUAUCCGGAGUUGCUAUGCUGCAAUAUGCUCUUCAGGAAAUGAUAAUUAUUGAGAAUAAUUGCCCACGGCAACAUCGAGCUCGACAUACAAAUUGAAUAAGCUCUCCACGGACCCGCUACGCUGCAGCCGCCAGAGCCUCUGCCUCCGUCAAUUAUGUAUAUUUUCCACUUGACAAAACCCUUAAUCGUAUGUUGACGUUUAAAAUAGUUGUAACCAGUUUAAUAGCUUUAAUAGUAGCUAGUGACCCCAAGGGCAAAUCCAGUACCGAUUCGUCAUAUCAUCUUCUGUUGAAUAUUUCCUUGUGACAAGCAAAGGACAUAAACAAUCAAUUUACGGAUUAUAUUGUUCUUCGCCAGAACCUCCUCGUCCUUGUCCUGCUUCGCAUGAUAUUUAUUGCCAUCAA